GCUCGGCUUCUGCGCGCACUUUCCCUGCAAGCCAGCCGCGGGGCAGCCCUGCGUCCUGCACCCUCCGCACCAGCCCAGCUUACCGGCGCAUCCUCCACCACACCCCGGCCUCGCCUGUCUUCCCCAAGCUCUUGAUGCUGCCCAGCUGAAAGGAGAAAAUGGGCACUGGAGAUUUUAUCUGCAUUUCCAUGACUGGAGGGGCGCCCUGGGGGUUCAGACUACAAGGAGGCAAGGAGCAGAAGCAGCCCUUGCAAGUCGCAAAGAUUCGAAGCCAGAGCAAAGCAUCAGACUCUGGCUUAUGUGAGGGGGAUGAAGUGGUGUCUAUCAAUGGCAACUCUUGUGCAGACCUUACCUACCCUGAAGUCAUCAAGCUCAUGGAGAGCAUAACAGACUCUCUGCACUUGCUUAUUAAAAGACCAUCUAGUGGGACAAUCGAGACUUUGGACUCUGAAACAGAAAACAUAAACCACCACCAUCUUCCACAGGAGGGGCCCAUGGAAAGUACCACCCUGCAGAUUCUUCCAGCCACAAAGCCCCAGUGCAAAGACUUCUUUCUUGCUCCAGUCCAAAGUAGAGUUCCCCUAACUGAUGACCAAGGAAAUGCUUGGGGUUAUGCGGAAUGUACAACAGGAGAAAACAUUCCCCAGAUGCUUGGCUCCCAAGAAGGACACUUGCUAGAAGAGGUCAUCUUAAGGGAAAAAGCAGAAGCAGGCCAGCCAGGCUGUGUGGUUGAGCUGCAACUGUCCCUCCCAAAGGAAAGCCAUCAAUACACUAGUGGCCCUCUAGUGACCCUCCAGGGAAAUGAAAAAUCCAAGUCUCCUGAACCAGACUGGAGUUCACAGCACGAGAAGACCAUCCCCAUAAAUUCCAUCGCUGCUCCUGAGGAAGCAGGCACUUCUGUGCUGUCUAGCACGACAAUCCAGACCUCCAGCGGCCGGAAGUUGAGAGUGAUCCAGGGAAGAGAAGCAGGAGGUGCAGGGCUGCCCCAGGUGGAAGUGAUUCUAGAGGGCCGUGACAGGCAGAAGGCGGAAGAGUGCCGGCUGAAGGCAGGAAAGGGGUGUGUGGCUUCUGGGGUGGAAGGAGGGCAGUCAGAAGCACCUCCUUCUCUGGUCUCCUUUGCGGUCUCACCAGAAGGCACCGAGCAGGGGGAAGAUCAACGCUCAGGAAAGGAUCUCAGCAGACCACACAAGCACAGAGCACGACAUGCUCGGCUCAGGAGGAGUGAAAGUCUGUCUGAAAAGCAAGUGAAAGAAGCUAAGUCUAAAUGCAAAAGCAUCGCUCUCCUUCUCACGGAUGCUCCCAACCCCAACUCCAAGGGGGUGUUGAUGUUUAAGAAGAGGCGGCGAAGGGCCCGGAAGUACACCCUAGUCAGUUACGGUACUGGCGAGCUUGAACGAGGAGAGGAGGAGGAGGAGGACCAGGAAGAAGGAGACAAGGACGAGCUAAGCGAAGUUGCCUUUCUUGGAACGAGCGAGUCCGAAGUGGAUGAAGAGUUCCUGUCUGACACUGACGACAACGCACAGGUUGUGAACUUUGACUGGGAUUCUGGACUGGUGGACAUUGAAAAGAAGCUGAGCCGAGGGGACAAGAUGGAGAUGCUGCCAGACACCACAGGCAAGGGAGCGCUCAUGUUUGCGAAGAGGAGAGAGAGGAUGGAACAGUUCACAGCCCAAAAUGAAGAGGAGAAGACGAGUGUGAUGCCAGGUAGAGGACCAGACGGGCUGCAGAUGGACGGUGUGAGAACCACGACUUCUUACCAAAAGAAGGAAGAGGAAUCCGUGAGAAUGCAGAGCUCUGUGAGCGAGAGCUCCAUCCAGAUGGGUCGGAGUCUUGGCAACAUGCCACAACAGAACGGCUUCAGUGGAGUGUCUGAGACAGCAGGGGCCCAGAGGAUGAUCCCUAUGAACAGAACCGCCAAGCCUUUCCUGGGAACUAUGAACCAGCCAGCAGCCCCCUUCUCCCCAACACGGAGUGUGACAAGCCCCAUCUCCGACUUCCCUGCUCCGCCACCUUACUCCGCCGUCUCACCUCCACCUGAAGCCUUCUCCAGAGGGGUAUCGAGUCCAAUCACUGGCCCAGCACAGCCCCCUCCAUGGCCCCAGCCUGCUCCAUGGUCACCACCAGCCUUCUAUGAUUCAUCUGAGCAGAUAGCUUCCCGGGAUGAGAGGAUCGCCGUGCCGGCGAAAAGAACAGGGAUACUGCAAGAAGCCAAAAGACGGGGCACAACAAAACCCAUGUUUACUUUUAAAGAAACCAAAGUGAGCCCCAACCCUGAGCUCCUGUCGCUUCUUCAAAAUGCGGAAGGGAAGCGGGGCACUGGAGCUGGAGGAGAUUCUGGGCCUGAAGAAGACUACCUCAGUUUAGGUGCAGAGGCUUGUAACUUCAUGCAAAGUUCUGCCAAACAAAAGACCCCACCUCCGGUUGCUCCAAAGCCUGCUGCAGUCAAAUCCUCCUCCCAACCAGUAACUCCAGUUUCUCCAGUCUGGUCUCCAGGGGUGGCCCCAGCCCAGCUUCCUGCCUUCCCCACAUCAAAUCUACCAAACCCUCCGCAGGUCACAGCUGUAUCCUCCAUCAAAAUAGCUCAGCCUUCCUGCCCUCCUGCCCGGCCUGCCAGCGCACUGAACCUGGCUGGUCCCUUCAAAGGGCCCCAGGCAGCAGUGGUCAGUCAUAACUACACACCCAAGCUAUCAGCACCCACACCACAAGUAAAUGCUGCUCAUGCUGGUGCAGGGGGACCAUCCAAUGAGCUUCCCGGAAUGAGUGGGAAAGGAGCCCAAUUGUUUGCUAAAAGGCAAUCGAGGAUGGAGAAGUAUGUGGUAGAUUCCGACACAGUGCAGGCCCACACAGCUCGGGCCCAGUCUCCCACUCCAUCCCUUCCCGCCAGUUGGAAGUACUCCUCCAAUGUUCGAGCACCCCCUCCUAUGGCCUACAAUCCUAUCCAUUCCCCCUCCUAUCCACUGGCUGCUAUCAAGUCUCAGCCACCAGUGGCCCAGGCCUCCAAAAUGAGCAAGAAAAAGGGCAAGAAGCCUCUUAACACUUUGGAUGUCAUGAAGCACCAACCGUAUCAGCUCAAUGCGUCUUUGUUUACCUUCCAACCUCCCGAUUCAAAGGAUGGCCUCCCUCAAAAGUCAACAGUCAAGGUCAGUUCAACCGUGGCCAUGAAGCAAGCCCUUCCUCCCCGACAGGUGAAUAUUGGCUCCCCCACAAAUGCGCAGGCUUCAUCUGUAUACUCGGUACCGGCCUAUACCUCUCAGCCCUCCUUCUUCGCCGAGGCCACCUCACCAGUCAGUGCGUCCCCGGUGCCUGUGAGUGUUCCCACCUCUCCAAAGCCAGAAUCGGCCUCCUCAUCGUAUUUUGUGGCACCAAGGCCGAAGUUCUCAGCGAAGAAAAGUGGUGUCACAGUACAGGUGUGGAAACCGUCUGUCAUGGAGGAGUGAUCUCAUAGCGGAAGCUGAGUGUCCACUUUGCUUGAAAGGAAUUGUUUGCAGUGUUGAGCCCCCGAGAAUGCUUAGCAGAUCCUCAGCUUACUUAAUUUCAGAUACGUUACCUCCCAAUCUGGGUCCAAGAAGCAUAAUAAUAUGUUUUUGGGUCAAAACACCAACUCAGUUUGACUUAAAAUGUGUUUAUUUCCUCUGCACACUUAAAACUAUCUGUGAUAUCCCAAAAUAGGUGUGUGCCAUUACAUCAAGUAAGCAGGACACUUCUUAGGAUUUAGGCUUUAGCCACAGACAGUGAUCAGAGUAACCAAGCUUGGAGGCAUAGCCUUUAAUGUCACAUAGCUGUGCUCCUGCAGGGAAAGGACUCAAAGGUGGUGAAAAUAUAAUGUGAUGACCGAGAUUCCCUUCAAGUCAUCCUUUAGUUCUAUUUCUGGUAUUAAGGAAAUAGGAAAUCCCUCGAGGACAGGAAUCAGCUCUGCCCAAUCACCUCAGAUGCCUGCUUGCUGCCACAGAGAAGGGACUGGGAGACUUGUUGGGAUUUAUGUAACUUAGCAAUAGGUUGUAAGGAGGAUCUUAGCUACAGAGCACUAACUCUGUAUUGGGCCCUUUACUAGGUGUUCUCACACACACUGACUCGUUUCAGAAGAUGUAUUUGAAGUAGUUAGGACAGGGAGAGAAAUCUCGUUAUCCUUAGAAAGGGAUCUCCAUGGUCCUUCCCCAGGGUCUUAAGGAACUAUUGAGUGUAUCUCCCAUUGCCCAUGAAAGCGCUUGUUUGUUUUCCUCAGCUGAGGCAGAGGGUAGCACAGUAGAAUGAGCAACAUUAAAAGGAGGGUGGACAGAGAGAGAGUUGCAGUGGCUAUCAUUUUGCUCUGAGAAGCCACAGAAUUGGGACUGGAAGGGGUUCUGACCACAGGAUCUGGGGCAUAGAGACAAAGCAAGAACCUCGGAGAGCUGUCUGGGUGACCUCCCAGAUUUCCUCCUCCUGUUCAAUCUGCUCUUUGGCACACGCCUCCUCCACUGUCCCUUGCGAUUCUCUUCCUGCGCCUUUAUUUUCUCACUUGCAUUUGACGAACCAGGGUAGUUUGAACAAGGUUACCUUGUAACUUUGGACUGCUUACACACCGUGUUGUCAUCCAGCUGGCUAUGAGGUUAAUAAUGGCACUGAUGGCAAACCUGAAGACCUUUCUCAUAUCUAUUUUAAGUCUGAGUGCAACCAACCAUGGAAAAUGCUCAAUGUGAGCUCAUGCAGAGGGGUGCAAAGCAGUUGUAACAGCUCCAGGGAAACCCUCUGCUUUGUGCAGGGGGUGGCUGUGUCUAGAGAUUUCAUGGAAAGUCUUCCCUGGUUCGAGAGCACACAGUAACACUUCAGUCUCAAGAUACCUGUAUUCCUGUCUUCUUCUGCCAUUCUGCUGUAUUCCACUAUCCUAUUAAAAUAUUACCUUCUUUAUCUGUG